UCUCUUGGAAGUAUAUAUGCAAGAACGGAUGAUAAAAAUGGGGCAGAGAAAAUUCAAUCUAAAAUUCUUCAACAGGAAAGAGGACUUCAAGAUACCUGGCAUGAAUGACAUCUAUUCAGAGAAGCCAAGAGAGUGUAUAGAGCACUUCAAAACACCUGGUGUGGAUGCCAUUUAUCCAGCGAAGCUAAAGGGACAUGGAAACCCACUUAGAGAAAUCAUUUGCCUCGCCCUCUCAGAAAGCCUCUUUCUAAUUAACGAAACGAUUAAGCCUCUUAGACUUUCCUCAAUGGAUGCCAUGAAAGAAUUUUUUUCUGCGAAGUCCUUAUACGAAUACCAAUCGUAAGAUGAUUAUAUUCCACUAAUGUUUUAAUUAUGUAUAAGUGCUUGUACCGAUUGAAAUGUUCUGUGAAAAUCGAUUCGGGUAAACGGAAUCAA